UUGUAUUAUGUAGGGAUUAUAGUACCCUACACGUGCUUGAACUCUAUGGAAAGGCAGUGAAUUCACUGCCUUUCCUUCUCGCAAUGACUCCCGCCUAUGUUCCCUUCGACGUCUGGAAAUGUGUGGCUGAAUACGUAUCGGAUGAAGAUUUAAAGAGGCUGCGCUCAGUGGACCGGUCGUGGCGUCUUAUUGUACAGCAAGUCGAGUAUCGAAAUGUCGGGAUUAAGGUCUGGGGGAAAAGGACGAAGGAAUGCUUGAAAGCUUUAAGCAAUCCUGCUAGAGGUUUAGGUCAACACGUCCGUGCUUUAGAGAUCACACCUUGGAUUAUUACUUCUCCAGUCAAGGUCUACACCAAACGUGCGAAAGUAUGGAACAGAAUCAAUGCUCUCUUUGAUUCCGAAUAUCCUGCUCGUUGUGCCUCUGACCAUGUUAAGCGCAAGCUUGCAAAGCACAUUGACUUGGUCAUAAGCACCGUACAAAACCUGCCAGAUCUACACGAAUUUGCGGUACAAUGGUCUCCUGGCUCGACAUACCAUCCCGAGUUCUUCUCUGCCUUUCUGGGCCCCAUUCUCACCAAGACCAAGCUUGGGUUGAACCUCACCAAGCUCUCGGUUAAGGUACCAACGGAAACGCUUUCUACGCUCGCACCACUCCAUUUUCCCCAGCUCGCUUGCCUGGAGCUGGACUUGCACACAGGAAACUUACUCACAGGCGAAAUCAACGAUCUUUUGGAUUCGCUGAUCGUUUUCGUCAAUAAUACAACACGCACUCUACGGACGUUAUCGGUCUCCUCCACAACCGAGUCUAAGCACCUCGAUCUCAACAGAUUCUUCCACCUGUUGGGUUUCUUCCCUCUUCUCACCUCCUUCAUACUAUGCAUUCCUUAUGAUGGUGCCCACAUUUCGUCGCCCUCCUUCGUUUUUGCGCGUGCCAUGGAUAAAGGGGCACCUAAUACUUCCACACCGACCGAGACCUUUAUCAAAAAGCACGCGGGACAACUUGAGGAGCUACAGAUAAAGUCUCGACGCGCAUCACCUCCCGUCGGUCCGACCAGUCCUCACGCAAAGUUCUGGAUUCAACGAAUACUUGCAGACAUCGCUGGUGGAGACCUUACUAUCGGAGUGGACGGUAGUGCUGGCUCAAGCAUCCACGUCGGAGGAGCUACGUCGUCCGCUUCACUGGAUUCCACGCCUGCAGAGGCUUAUUCUCGACUCCAGAAACUCGAAGUCCCCUUGCGCCCACUUAAAUCCUCUUUGCAACCACUUCACGCUUGUUUGCAAGCUGUCUCUGUGCAGCUAAAGUCAUUAAAGCUGACUGAGCGCGCACUUACAGGGGAUGAAUUGAAGGGGAUCAUCACCGUGCUCGUUAUAUCCUCGCAACUUUCCUUCAACGUCUUUACACCCCUCAGUGAUGCCCUUUCCAACUCCAGCCAGCUUUCUCUUUUCACCUCUUCUUCACAUUCUCAAUGCAAAUCAUCCCCCAUCGUCCCUCAAUUGAAUUUAACCAGUCUCUCAUUGCGCGUCCAGGAAUUAUCACCGAAGUUGUUGGACUUUCUUGCGGAAGUGGUUCCUGGACUCAGGAAGCUCGAGAUCGAGGUAGUUGACACAGCAAAAGAGUACACGCCGUGUCAGCUAGCACAUGCUGCUAUGCAACAGCAUCGUCACUAUUCCGAUUGGCAUUUACGCGUGAUACAAAUAAGAGCACCACAGUCACGACGGGUGUAUGCUUGGUCUCAGGGUAUCGAAAGCAUAUUGAAAGCGUGCAUUCCGGGAGUGGAUGUGGAAAUAAUGCUACUCAAUUUAGUCUGACUAGUACUGGAUGGUACUUCGUGGGUACUUGCUUCUUCGAUCCUGUUGGCCUUCCAUCCAUUUUGUUAUCGUAUUAUGUAUACCUAUGCUUCCAUGCUAGUAAGCAAUUUCUCUCUCAUCAUUGUAAUUGUACGUACUUCAAGAUUCACGACUUCACACUAUUGUCAAUGUACCAUUACAUAUAUAGUUUUUACAUCUGUACCACUUGUUUUUUUUUGUAUCUCCUUUAUAUGCCCGAUGUACCUACAUGUUGUACCACUACUUCAAUAUCUCUGCGC